CGUUUGAUGCUAAAACAAGUGGAGUGAUUGAGCACAUAAUAGUUCAUCAAAAGGAAUAAUACGCACAAAUAUAUUCAAAUUUAAAAUGUCUAUUUGGCAGGUGAUACUGUCCCUGCUAAUGGUACAGCCUAAAAUGCAAGCUAGGCAGCUGGAUAAAAAUACUAUUGCUCGAAAUUUAAUUUUUUCGUCGCUUGACACUACCGUCGACCCAUGUGAAGACUUUUACAAAUUUGCCUGUGGGAAUUACGCUAAUCACCAUCGCUCAACCCGCUACCAGGAAAUUACCACUUUAAUUGACUAUGAAUACAAUAAUAAUGUUUUAAAUUUAAUUGACACUAUAUAUCAGCAUGAACAGCUAGUGCCCGGUAAUUGCCAGACGUUUAUAGAAAAGACUGUAGUGUAUUUUAAGGCAUGUCGCCAAGAAACCAAUAGAAAUCUUAAACGAUAUUUUGAAGAACUAAAGCCAGGACCACAACUUGAUUGGCCCAUAUUGCAUUCUAAGCCCUAUCGAUGGUCAAGUAACAGGGCCUUUGAUGUCUGGUCACUUUUAGGCAAAUUACAGUCGUAUGGAUUGAAUAAUGUUUUGAUAGAUCAAGAGAUUUUGGUGGAUAGUGAUGGCGAUAUUAGCAUAACAAUGGAACCAGCUGCUAGUGAGAAUAACAGCACUUUACCAGACUCGCAAAUUUUACAUGGUUUAUUAGAGGGCUUGGGAGUAAACGCAACCCAACCAAUUAUUAAGGAUUUGUUAAAAACCAAUCAAGUGUUAUUGGAUAUUUUGAAAAAGCAUGCCGAUAGCAAUGAUGAAAGCAUGGAAAUUACUUAUAAUGAAUUUCAGUUAAAAUAUCCAAAUUUAGUUGUGUUUCUCAGUGAAUUAUUUAAACAUCAAUUGCCACAAGAUACCAAAAUUUUUCUAAUUAAUCCCGACUAUAUCCAGCACCUAAAUAAUUUAAGCUUUCGGGGAAGUCUAAAGAAACAAUCAUUGUGCAAUUAUCUAAUGAUAAAAUUUCUCUUCUAUCUGGCUAUGGACAGUACGGCAGAUUUUAAGGCUUUGGAUUGUGUAAAAGAUCUAAGAAAUAAAAUGGAUGUGGCUGUAAAUUUCCUUUACUAUUACCACAUAUAUGCCAAAAAUGCCGAACUCUAUAAUACAGCUGUUUAUGAAUUAUUCAAAAGUAUAAUAGACAUGAUGGGUACAAAUUUCCACAACAAUCGUUUAAAUUUAACGCAACCACAAAUUCAAUUUUUAACAGAUAAAUUGUAUAAAAUACGUUUAAAUAUAGGCAACUUACCAGAAAAUCUAACAUUUGACAAGGUAGAGGAAUUUUAUGAAAACAUACCACAUUUGGAUGAACACAAUUACUAUAAAAAUCAUUUGCUAUUGCUAAGACAUCGUUUCGAUAAAUCUCUAAAUUUUGACCAAAACCAAGCCCAUUACAUUAUAGCAGACAAUAGCAUUGGCAUAUUAUUGGGAGCAUUCUAUGUGGCCAAACAAAACUUGAUCAUUUUACCGUUUGAUACUCUCGCAGAACCACUCUUUGAUGUUGGCUAUCACGAUCUCUACAAAUAUUCUCUGUUGGGCUUCAUUUUGGCCCAUGAGAUAACACAUGCCUUUGACACAACUGGCCUAAAUUUUGAUGGUUCUGGCGAUACUCUAGAGGAUGAUAACACCAUAUUGGAAAAUGAAAAUUUCAAGAACUCUCUGCAGUGCUUGAAUUCCCAGCUGGAAACUGAUAGCAUAGAUGAACGUAUGGCGGAUAUUUUAGCCAUAGAUGUUAUUUAUAAAAUUUAUAUUUCAAAAUUCAAUAAUAUGACGCCAGCUAGUGUAAAAUCUACUUGGAAUAGAGAUUUCUAUUUGAAUUUGGCUCAGUUCUUUUGUGGCAAAGGCAAUUUAACAUUUAUUGAUCAUGAUACGGAUGCUCAGCGUUUGCAUCAGAUUGUCAUAAAUUCUAAAGGAUUUGCACAGGCCUUUAAAUGUGUAGAUAAUACUGCAAUGAAUCCGAGUGAAAGGUGUACUGUGUAUUAACUAAGCUAAGUGAAUAUUGCAGUUCAAUUCAAAGAAAUAAAGGAUAAUUUUUAAGUUGUACAUUAACAAUA